CGAUAACGCAUGGUUGUGUUUUCCGAUGAUGACACCCGUGGACACUGCUAUCCAAAUGCUCCAGCAAAACAGUGGAUUGAGCAACAGUCGUCUACUGAGAAUAGUGGCCCAGAUGGUUGUCUAAUGUCUGCGAAUCAAAAGAGAUGCAAAACAUACAGCAGCAGGGAUUCCCACGUGGUCACCCACCGUAGUACUAAUCUGCCGUUCAACUGCUUAUGUAUGGCAGAGCGGACGGGAUGCCCAGUUUUCAGCUGACUGUG